UUCUGUCAGGCCCCCUCAGCUCAAAUGCGCCCCUUUUACAGGAAAUAAUGUUACUCCAUUUCAAGAGAAGUGAAAAAGAAACACAACUUGUUACAGCUCACUCAAGUGACAGAUGAAGUUAGAAACCAUGUCCCAGAAGGUAUUGUUCAUUGAGCUGUUGUUGCUACAUUACACAACCCAGAGUCAGACAGAAAUUAAGGCAAACUGCUCUGAAGAUGUUCCAGUGAUGUGUCCAGCUGUUGACACCAACAGCAUAGAUUUCCUCUCCUUGGCAUGGUACAAGCUUAACAAGCUCAACAAAACAAAAGUUGGCAUCAUCAGGAGGGGUAAAGAUAACAAGACUAGGCAGUACAAAAGCAUUCGUUCACCCAACCCCAGGUUUGGAGAGAAACACAGUCUUGUGAUCCCCGGUGUGACGCCUGAAGACUCGGGCACCUACGAAUGUGAAAUUAGUGCGAAAGUGGGGCAACAAAAUCAGAAUCAUGAAGUCCACCUAACGGUCCACGAGUGUGUGACCCAGACUGACACGAUAACAACGAUAAUGACUACUGUGUUGAACGCGACUCAGCCCGUCCUGCCCUGCCCCAAACAAGAGGAAGACAUACCAGCCAUGUGGAGCAUUGUAGGCUACACGGCAGUGGGCCUCACCAAAAUCGUGUUAUCUCUAAUCAGCAUCUGGGUAAAUAUACUCUAUUUAUCUUCACGCAUUUGUUUGGAUUUCUUACAGGUUAUGAAGCAAUCAUUUAUUCAUAAAACACCUGAACUAAGUGCUUUGUAGAUAAAGAAAAUUUAAAUGACCAAGAAUGUGUAAUGAAGAGGAGGAAUUGGUCAAAGCAUUUAAGGGGUCUGGCGGUGGAAUAGGGGAGGUACUGUACCAAUCAAUGUAGUGCUUUAAAGAGAUAUUGUGUUGAGUGAUCCUGUAACAAAUAUUACAACCCAAACUACUGAAAACCCAUUAAAUUUAAAGCAGAAUGAAAAGUAACAGAGAUUUCUUGCAUGGUUACGGACAUUUGCAAACCAAAGAAUAGUGGUUAAAACACAGAUUUGAAAAAUGAAGACAUCUGUGUCAAGAUGCUUUUGUUAGCAAGAACAUGUUUUUGUGAUUCACAAUGUGACUCUGAUAACCCUCUGCACGUCACCUGGGUUUGAAGGGGAAUUACAGCUGUAGAACAGUGUUUUUUUUAGCACAGCCUUCUGUGGAAGUAUAUGAUUCCAGUUAAAUGGGGCCUAAAAUGGAUCCUUGAGGAACACCACAAGAGGAAGGUUUAUAUCCCUAUAACCAAGAUUCAUCUAUCAUUCCAAUGAGAAGUAAAUUACUCUUGGCCAAGUUGUAAUUGUGUCUGAACCGAACCUAAUAUUCUAUUUGGAGGACUUGUUGAUCUGUUGUAUUUGACUCUAAGUGGACACUUUAUUAGAUAAUCCUGUAAAAUGUAAUACAGUUUAACACAAUAGUUCAGCCAUAAAUUCUCCCUUUACAAAGUUAAUACUGUUUUGUUUUUGUUGGCACUAUCAGAGUGGUAUUGAUUCAACGAUAUGUUUAUUAAUAAGAUCUAUAAUAAUAUCAUAAUUAUAUAUUAUUGAUAUAUUACGUAUACUGUAUAUAUGCCGACCCCUACAAACAUAGAGGGAGAGGAAUAUUAGAAACACAUUUCAAUACAAUGUAGUCCAGUACAAGACAAGCACUAACUACGACCUUGAUAGUAAACAUAUUGCUAAAUGAAUACCUCUCUGACAGUGUCAACACAAACUGAGCAUAAUUAUCUGUGCAGAGGUAGAAUGUAUGGCUGAGCUGUUGCAUGGGAUUGCAUUAGAAUGUAUUGGUGUAAUAAAGUGGACAGGGAGGAUAGUUUUUAAAAGGAAAUACGCAUGAUCAGAUGUGUUAUUGUAACACUUUGUAUGAUUCUACUUGACACAGAAAAUCAAGCAGCAUUGAUGGCAGUUUAGUUUCUGUAUUUUCUUUCUUUGGUUUGGAAACCCCAUAUCCUGUAGGAGUAAAGCUGUUUGUAUCUGUGAGAUUUUUACACCUUUUACGUUAUCAUGUUUGGUUGUUUUUGUGGACAGAUUGUAGGCGAGCUGACUCCUCCUCUGAGGCACCAUUUCCUCUAACAGCAGUUCACUUCCACCUUAAGGGAUUUUUCGAACAAACAGUGGGUGGGCUUCUUUCCAGUUAAACAAUUCACUGACUUGAUUUGUCUUGUGCUGUUUUGUCU